AGGUGAAACUCUGAAUUUUGCAGAAGUACCGUUUGAGGAAGUCCAUGAUAGAGAUAAAGAAGAAUCUAGCGGAGAGUAUGGCAAAGGAUCCAUCGAAGAAUUUCUCAGCGCCGAGGACCCUUAG